AACAGCCACGAAAAAGAAGAAGAAAAAGACCCACAGAUAUUUCUAUGGCGAGCUGCAAUUCCGUCCGUCGAAAAUUCGUCCUUACAAAUGGGGACAAGUAUAUAAUAUGGUUUCGUCUUCUCGAUUCGCAACCUCCUUCGACCGGCCAUUACACUGUUUUAGCUCUCAUUGAUCGGAGAUGGCUGCCGCUCUCUCCGCAAUCUACGUUCCGUGCUUCAGCACCGACACUAAUUUGUCUUCGAAAAUUCAAAUGCUGCGCAGAAACGCCAAUUGUAAAGUCCGGUUUCGAUCUUUGCCAAAAGCGUUGUUUCAGAAGAAUUUUACUACUUCGCUGAAGAGUCCGCCGGAAGAACCAAAGUCUUCAGCCUCAUCCGAGCAGGUUCGUCGAGACAAGCCGGCCAAGUCGUCCAACUCCUUGUUGUCUGCGCCUGUCUCAGUUCCACUUCUCAAUCGUGUUAGGGAUGCGGUUUUUAAGUUCGAUCAACUUGCGCUGGACGUAUUGGCGAUUGCAUUGCCUGCUGCCCUGGCUUUGGCUGCUGAUCCAAUUGCAUCGUUGGUCGAUACGGCUUUUGUUGGUCAUAUAGGAUCCACUGAGCUGGCGGCAGUUGGGGUAUCAGCUUCAAUAUUCAAUUUGGUGUCAAAGUUAUUCAAUGUUCCGUUACUCAACAUCACUACUUCAUUUGUUGCUGAAGAGCAGGCAUUAGUAAGUACGAAGGAGAAAAGUAUUGUUCAAACAAAUAUCGAUGGCAUAGAUGAGAAUCAAGAAAAGAAGCUCCUUUCCUCUGUAUCUACUUCUUUAGCACUUGCUGCUGGUCUCGGAAUUGCUGAAGCUGUUAUGCUAUGUCUUGGUUCAGGAGCUCUUAUGGAUAUCAUGGGUAUACCUGCUGAGUCCUCAAUGCGUGCACCUGCUGAGCAAUUUUUGUCUCUGAGGGCUUUUGGUGCUCCACCUAUUGUAAUUGCACUUGCUGCACAAGGAACUUUUCGCGGAUUUAAGGAUACAAAAACACCUUUGUAUGCUACUGCUGCUGGUAAUUUACUGAAUGCAGCACUGGAUCCACUAUUGAUAUUUCUUUGUGGUUUUGGCAUUGGAGGUGCUGCAAUUGCGACAGUGAUAUCUGAGUAUCUGAUUGCUUUCGUUCUUUUGUGGAAAUUAAAUGGAGAAAUAUCAUUUACUCUUUCAAGCAUGGAUGGGGAGAGAAUUGCACGCUAUCUUCAAUCUGGUGGUCUCUUAAUGGGCCGGACAUUGGCUGUGCUUGUAACCCUUACUCUGGCAACAUCCAUGGCAGCUAGAGAAGGCCCUGUACCCAUGGCUGGUUAUCAAAUUUGUGUACAAAUAUGGUUGGCCAUAUCUUUGCUUACUGAUGCUUUAGCACUUGCUGGUCAGGCAUUAUUAGCAAGUAGCUACACCCUUCAAGACUAUGAACACUCACGUGAAGUGAUUUAUAGAGUUUUACAGAUUGGCUUGAUCACUGGAAUUUCUCUGGCUAUUAUCCUAUUCCUGGGAUUUGGCGCAUUUGCUGGUUUAUUCAGUGCUGAUGCAGAAGUUCUGGAAAUUGCACGAUCUGGGUUAUUUUUUGUUGCUGGAUCGCAACCAGUGAAUGCUAUGGCUUUCGUUGUAGAUGGGCUCUACUAUGGAGUUUCAGACUUCGGAUAUGCAGCCUACUCCAUGGUGGCUGUUGGACUGGUUUCUUCUCUCUUCCUGAUCGUGGCCGCUCCUGCAUUUGGCCUCCCUGGGGUUUGGAGUGGAUUGUUUCUCUUCAUGAUGUUGCGUUUAGUAGCUGGAAUUUGGAGAUUGGGCACGAAGGGUGGGCCAUGGGAGAUGGUUUUCAAUGAGGUCGAGGGAAAAAGUGAUUGAAGUACUAAAGCUCAAGCUUCUCGAACUUCGUAAAGCUCAUCUCUAGUUGGCGUUGAAUACGAGGAUUUGGAUAUCUUCCCUAACAAUUUAAAGAGCUCAGACUACUGACAUGACAGCUUUUUAUCUUUUAAACAGAGCUGCCCAAUUCGAUGCAACAGUUCCAGAGCAUGUUUGCAGUUUACAGCAAAUAUUCACUGGACGGAGGGUUUACUCAUCUUAAUCCCAUCACAUUACUAAUGAAAAUGCAGGGGGUAAUUGUUCUGCCAUCCUUAACUUGUAUUUGAAGUAUCGAAUAUGUCGCGUUCUUAUCUUAGCACUUCUCUAAAUAUGUUAGAACUGCUUAGAAGAUAAUGAAUAUUGAUAAAUCAUUCUAAA